AUGAACUUCGAAGAUUUACCGAGUGAACUAUGGUUUCUUAUUCUUUCGUAUUUAUCACCUUUGGAAGCUUUCUAUACAUUUAAUAAUAUAAAUAAUUCUCGUAUUCAAGCGAUCCUCACUGAUAUGUACGUGAUUCGACGCGAUGAUGAUGAUUAUUCCUCUGCAUUACGAAUAUCUCUCGCUCAGGUGCCAUUAUUUAUUUAUAACUUUGCUGUAUCGAAUCUCCUUUCGUUUUAUUCGAAUGUUAUUCAUUCGUUGACUUUAUCAAAUGAUCGAACGCCUGGUCAGAUUGCGAGUUUUCUCGACAAAUAUUCUUUUAAAUACGAUUUUCCGUAUUUGAAAUGUUUGCAUCUUAUUGAACCAACAGCGAAUGAAUUCGAUUUAAUCGUCAAUGAUCUUUCCACUGUACGCAAGGUGGUUUUUCAAUCCAAAGAAAUGCAUUUAUUCAAUUCGAAUACAAUGCACAAACUUCUUUAUUCGAAAUUUUCGAUUACCGAUUGUCAUUUAAGUCAAUUUCGACAAGAUUUUAUUUGUCCAUCUUCUUAUUCUUGCAUUCGAAACUUAGUGAUUCACUCCUGUGAUUAUUUAUCUUUUAUCACAAUACUCGAUCAGUUUUCUUUAUUGAAUUCUUUAUCAAUUCGUUCGCUCUCGAUCUCACGACAUGUUCAGCUCACAUCAAUUCAUCUGAUGAAUCAUCCGGUAUUGGUUAAACAUUUGAAAUUACGAGCGAUUAGUAUUCCUUUCGAUUAUCUUCAAAUCGUAUUUCCUUAUUUGGAAAACUUACGAAAAUUUUCAUUUGCUAUUCUGUGCAACGAAGGUUCGUCUGAUGAUUUAUGUCAUAUUGCUCAUCCUAUUUGCUUCUUCCUAGGUUUUGAUUAUGUUAAUAGUGAUAAAUGGCAAAUGAUUAUUGGUAAUUAUUGGCCAUUGUUAGAAAAAUUUGAGAUCUAUAGUGAAUUGUGGCAUUUAACACCGUUUGAUAUCGAUGAACUUUAUCCACAGUUAUGGGCAUUUCGAAAUCACUCAUUUUGGGUCGAGCGACAAAUGCAGUUUAUUGUUGAUUUUUAUCAAGACAAGAGUGAUUUUAAUCUGAUUUUUUAUUCCAGUCCAUAUCAGGACGAGAAAUUCUCGAAUCAAUGGGGUUAUCCGAUUGAAACUGUUUUUUCUUCGUCUAAUACAAACGAUUCAUUACCAAUUGCAAAUAUCUAUCGAAAUGUGAAUCAUUUAGUUUUAACUGUUUACAAUAACAAACAUAUGAAGAAUGAACUUAGCAAUUCUCCGCAUGUUUUCUUAACAUUAGAAACAUUAACACUACAAUUCGAACACAGUGUUUCGAGUGUUCUAUUUGGACAUUUCGCAACUAAGAUAAUGAAUCUCAAUUCUAUUAAACAUCUAAUUCUCAACGAUAGAUGUCAUACAGUUGCAACUUUCUCUGAACUUGUUCGACGCCUGCCAAAUAUGACGAAACUUACCAUUACUAGUAAUCAACGAAUCUUAAUCAAACAGAUCUUCCAAAAACGAAAUGAAGGUUUGCGGACAUUAUUGGGUGAUCGUCUUUUGUACUUGAACUUAUUAUACGACGGUGUGAUCAACUAUGAAACAGUUCAACAUAUACGUUUCUAUUUUCCGAAAUUGCAAUCAUUUUCAGCUUGUUUACCACAUUUCGAAGAUUUUCGAGAUGCUAUUCCAGCUUUUAUAUAUCAUAUGAAAUCUCUUCAGUAUCUUCGGAUUGGCUUAGAAGGUGAUAAUGAUAAGAAGAAUUUCACGACGCAAGAUAUGUAUCAUUGGUUUCAACGACAUAAUAUUGUACAAGAAUUGAAAUUAUCGAUCGACACGUAUACGAAUUCGAUUCAUAUUUGGCUAUAA